GUGGAAAAUUUACGUUGAUUGGGUUGGACUUCGACUCGGAAGGGGAGUGUCGAUACGGAAGGUUGAUGUAGGUUUACAAUCGGUAGCCAAGAGAAUCUCUCCCUUCUUUCUCUCCCUUUCUUUUCCCCCCCAUCUCCCUCUCUCCAUCAUGAUAUUCUUCUGUAACUUCCUUCGUGCCUGCGUUCAGUUUCCUGGUUUUUCUUCUUCUCUUCCUCUGCAACAAUUUAAAAUGUCGCGUUCUUCAUUCAGAGAGAGAGAGAGCGAGAGAGAGAGCGCGAGAGAGAGUUUAUGGAAUGCUGUGAUGUCAUCAACUCAGUCACUCUCACACACACAAAGACGAGGAGGAACCACCAGCACGCUCCAGCUUAGUUAGCAUACUCCGCCGUGGAACCGCUGUCUACAUCCCCCCCAUCGUUCCGGUGAUGGCCUCCAAACUCAAAGGAAACUGACGUCCUAAGGAGGGAGGAAGGAGUGCUGGGAAAACACACAUACAGGAAACAGGAUUCUGUGUGUGUGUGAGUCUGAGUGUGCGUAUAUGUGAGUAUGUGUGUGUAAGCAUGUGUGUGCGUGUGUGUGUGCUUGCGUGUGAGUGUGUGUGAUUCUGUAUGUUGUAUGUAUGUAUGUGAGUGUGUGUGUAUACAAAAUAGGAAUGUGUGCUUUGGUUCAGAAGGAAGAACGCGUAGGUAUGUGUUUCUGGGGUUGGUUUAUGGAUAGAGAAGCUGUGAUUGUCUUCCUCUGAUGACGGUUGAACGAUAAAGCAACUGUCCACCUCGAGAAGCUGUUGGCCUAAAGGACUGCCCUGCCUCCCCCCCGUCGCUUUAGCCAGCUGGUUCCUAGUUAGCCCACCGGCCAGUCACCCGACAUGCUGCAGCAGAUUCUAAAAGACAUGUACAUCGAUCCCGAUGUGCUGAACGCGCUCAAUGAGGACCAGAAGAAGACCCUGUUCCUGAAAAUGCGCCAGGAGCAGGUGCGCCGUUGGAAAGAGCGGGAGGAGAAAUUGGAGAGGGAGGGUGGAAGUGCGGAGGCCACCGUGAGAACAAAGCCAAAGACAGCCAACAGCAAGAAGGUGAGCUGGCUGCUCGGCCGGGAUGGCGAUGUGGCCGUCAUUGUGAUUGGAGAGGUGGAUGAGCUGAAGACCUCCAAAAUCAUCUGCUCGGGGUUUGGAGAAAAGAAGGGGCCGAGUCUUCACAACAGUGCAUGCCAUCAGAAGACUAUCUUAAAGAACAAUUUGGUACACAAAACAGCCACAGAACCUCCAAGGACGGGGAGGGAGAACUUCCCACCUAAAACACAACCUGGAAAACCAUUUAAUUUAAAGGGAACCUCGGAUGAAGUGAGUCCUUCACCCCCUCUACAGGUGUCAGUGAGUGAGCACUCAUCACCACCAGCAGUGGAAAAGCAAGAGUUGAAGUCAAGCAGUGCUGCUGAGGACAUUUCAGCUGCUCAGCCCUCCAUCUGCUACAGACCUCACACGAGAGCAAGCCCCAUCACCGUGAGAUCAGCUUCUGCAAAUGUGGGGCUCGGUUCGGCAAACACGAGACCCGGCCCUGCAAAUCUGAGGCUGGCCGCUGUCAUACCUAUUUGCAGCAGCACUGACAAAAUAGACCCUGAACCGACAUCAUCCACCAAAGCCAGUUUCCAUCAACAAGAGCCCCAGAGGCCCCUCUCACAGGAAUCACACAGUGGUAAAGAUAACCGUGCGGCGGAAGCCUGUCAGAGGGCCACGCCUGAGGAGACCAGAUCCGGGGAGAGCGCGGCGGCGUGCGCAGGGCGGGGCCGGGUGGCUCAGCUCAUGAAAACCUUCAGUGUUGAGAGCUCUACUGCCCCCACACAGACUCCCUCCCGUGGCAACAAGCCUCCUCUUCCCAGCAAACCUAGCCACUUGCGUCUUGUGUCCUCACACCCGCUUAGGUAAUCCAGAUCCAGUACUAAACGGAACCACCUGUCCGACUCUCCAUGCCUUGAUAAAAGCUGCACUGGACACCGUUAGGACCCCCCCCCCCACAGCGUGGGGCUUUAGCCGACUGGCAAUGUGAACAGGGUGGAUGGGUAUUUCUCAAUUUUGGUCGAUGAUGCAGACCAUCACCUUCAUUUCCAAAGAAAAACAAUGAAAAUAUAUUUUGUGCUUGAAUGUUUUGGUUUCCUCCUUUUCCCUUUGUACACUUGCAGGACUGCACGCGCUCCGUGGGAAGAAACUCCAAACCAAGCAGUUGUAAUGGAUUCUUUUUCUAUUAAUAUAACCCUUCUUCUUUCUUUUUUUGUGUGUAUUUACCAGGGAAUGUGUGUCUAUCAUACUGCUUACUCCCCUGCUGUUGAGGCUUUCCAGGCUUUGCACAACACAUGGAUGAAUACGGCUCCGUUUUAAUGUGCCAUGUUUUUCGGAGUCCUGGCAAAGCGGUUCCCAGAGCCCGUUACACUUAAUAACCGUUUGCCUUCCUGUUCUGCUAUUCUGAUCGUUCACGAGAGGCAUUAUGGCGUUCCCUGACACGAGCAUGAUUCGAUACUUCUUUUGGGGGAUCUUGGGUCGAACACUACUCACUCAUUUCUAUGGUGGACAGUCGAAUGGGCCUGGACCGACACAACAGGAGGAAGUGAGCAGUGCGGGGGGGGGGGACCGUGCCGCUGCAGCGCACACUUGUUUACCUGUCACAGCGCAAUGUAUGUUUUCCUCUGCCACCUGGCCAAAGCCUCAGCGCGACCUGUUGUGGACCACAACGGUGCCAAACCGCUCAUCUGUCUCUCCCGGUGGAUCAAACCAUGUCGGGUCAGACAGCUAGUGCCAAAAUAACCACGCUCGGCUCUGUGUUGCUCUCAUUAUUGUUCUCCAGUUCUACUCAAAACCGUACCGGUCCGAUAUGGCCGAUCGCAUUUGGGUUGUUUUUUUUGUUUUUGGUUAUUUUUUUGUAUGAUGUUUUUGUAAAGGGAUAUUCAACACUACUAAGAUGCUCACGUGUGAAUAUUGAGAGGUGUCUGUGCUGUCUAUGAUGUCCGGCUUGUGUGGUGCAAACAAAGAAAAUAAAACCAUUUA